AUGGCCGGUGACAGUGACGGCGACGUCGACGACAGCGGCGGCGGCGCGGCUAGCGGUGUAGAACUGACCUGCUCUAUAUGCACCGAUGUGCUCUACCAGCCGCUGACCUUGCUGGACUGUUUGCACACCUUCUGUGGAGCAUGUGUCAAGGAAUGGUUCGUGUGGCAGGCGACCAGUGCUGCGACCAGUACCAGGCACACCACCGCAUCGCCAUAUACCUGUCCAUCAUGUCGCGAGUCCGUGAGGGGCACCAAAGCAGACUGGAGGCUGACAGCACUUCUGGAGGGCUUUCUCAGGGCCAAUCCCGACAAGGCCAAGUCGGAUCGCGACAAGCAAGAGCUGGGAUUGCAUUAUAAACCUGGCGACGAUGUCAUACCACCUGUCGCGCUCUCUCACGCUGAUGAAGACAGUGAGGACGAAAGACUCAUGGCUGAGAUCCGAGAGUUGAGUAUGGCUCAUGUGGAUCCAGAGACUGCACAGAGACGCACAGAGAGAGCAAGUCGAGAUCGACAGAGACGCCGGCGGGAGCGUGGUCAUGCUCAUCGGCCAGAGGGUUCCAGUAGUAGGCAGCAACAGUCCAGCAGGUGGGUAGCGCAACAGGCAGUGAGACAGCAGCAAGAAGAGGAGGAGAAGGGGGAGAGGGAGGAGCAGGAGGCGGACAGACAGAUUGAGCACCAACCGUCGUUACGAAGCUUGCUCAGCAAUUCGGACGCCAACUCGUCGGAGGACGUGCAACAGGAGAUUCUGCAGUCCAUCUAUUCAGAGGGUCUGCUGAAUGGCAUUGACAUCGACAAUCUUACUCCAGCCCAGGAAGAAGAGCUCACCGAACGCAUUGCUGAAGCCUAUCGAAGGCGCCGACGACACAGAGAUAGGUCACGUAACCGGGAACGUGAGGACCCAAGCCCACAAGCUCAGCGGCAGCAAGCGACCAGUCCUCGAACACAUAUCGCUCACCAGCAGCAGUCACGAACGCGAACAAGGCCGCCAGUAGCGAGACCACAUAUUUUCGAAGCGCAAGCUUCGACGGGUGCGGAACGACAGCAUCGUCGAUCCGCUAGCUCGACCAGCCAACAUACUCGGCUCCCUGCGGUCUCCGUAGGUCACUACGGGCCUGCUGCACGCUCCGCCACUGACUUGUCCAACCCGCCUCGACAAGAACAUCCACUCAGUGUAGAGCGGCCCAGGGCAUCCUCGAGCAACACUCGGAGCUCCACAGACACCACACGUAUGCUGCGUGGUGAUACACAGCGUGUCCGAGCGACCUCUAACACAUUGAGCGCAGGCGGCCUCGAGCAACCUUUGCGACCUCGUCACCGAGACUCACGACCUGCUGAGCCUAUGCGAACACGGACUGCCUCGUCUUUGAACGAGAAUGCCGCCCCGGCGCCUCUAGCAGGUCAAACUGCCCUUGCUGCGCAUGCUGCGCCUCAACAAGAUGUGCGGCCAUUGGUGUCCACAUCUGCAUUUGCACCAGAAGUAGUCUCUUCUGAAGUUGGCUUCCUCCAAAGCUCGGCAGUCACGCCGUACACCAUCGCAUGCUCGCAUUGCCAGCGACAGGCGAUCGGACUGACGCUUCACUAUAAUUGCUCCAAGUGUGACUCUGGCAUGUACAAUCUCUGCAUCCAAUGCUAUCGUGACGGCAAAGGUUGUUACCACUGGUACGGCUUCGGUCUGAUGGCUAUGUACCGCUGGCAAAAGGCCGCGGAGGCGGAACACAGUACGCGCUCCUUUGAGUAUCCUCACACGCUGAUGCCUCGAAAAUAUAUUGUCGCGCCCAGUGCCGAUGCCGACCAGACUACUGUGGCGGUGAACACUACUAAUCUUGAUCUGCAGGAGGGGGCUUUCUGUGAAUCGUGUUUGAGCUUCGCAAAUACUUGUUACUGGUACUGUAACCACUGUCUAGAAGGGGCGUGGGGAUACUGCAACUCUUGCGUGCUCAAGGGCCAUCAUUGCACUCACCCACUUUUGGCCAUUGCACACAUCAGCACCCUACACAACUCGGAUCCCUCUCGCAUCCCUCUCUGCAUUCCCGUCCCACAUCUGAAGCAAGACUCGUACGUCUUGUUGCCUGUACUCACAGACUGCGAUGUGUGCAGAAACCCCAUCAACGAAAAAGAAACGCGAUUUCACUGCUAUCGAUGCAGCGGCGGUGAUUAUGAUAUAUGUAACGAAUGUUAUCAUUCUCUCGUCGCCAUCGGCAAGAUCUCAUCCGUGAAUGGACCUAAUGGGUGGCGACGUUGCCUCUCAGGUCAUCGGAUGAGUGUUGUAGGCUAUCAGGACACUCCAACACCAGCUGGACCCGGAAAGGUCCGUGUCACGAUGAAGGACAUGAUCGGUGGUUGGCGGCUCAAAGACGACGCCGGUCUGAUCAGUGCACAUGAUAAGAGGGUCGUACCUGCAGAGCCAGGUACUGAUAAACGCUCUUUGGCAGUCUGGUCAAGGUGGCCGAAGGAGGCAGACAAGGACGAGCUUGCCUUUCCCAAAAACGCAGAGUUCAGCGAGGUCGAGGACCUGAACGCCGACUGGAGUGUGGCAGUCUAUGCCGGUAAGGUUGGUUUGGUGCCUUCAAACUACACUAGACGGCUGUGA